AGAGAGAGAGAGAGAGAGAGAGAGAAAGAGAGAGAGAGAGAGAGAAACAGCACUGAUGUUCGACGCCAGGCUGCCACCACUCUGUAGUGGUGAGUGGCUGCAACAAAAGCUCAGAAUAACAUCCCUGGCUUUCCGCUCGUCUUUUCUCUCUGCGUCGUUAGCUGGCUGCUCGGGACGCCCAGCGCCCGUAGGAGGAGAGUUGCUCCCUCCAACAUACUGAUCGCUGCAGUAGGCUGUGCUGGUCACCACAGACCGACCAACCCAACGGCUCUCUGCCUGCCGGGUAUCCCUGCCAUCAACAAGUUAGGGGCAGGACGACUAAGGGAUGGAGAGGACCCCCCCCCCACCACCUCUCAGCCAAGAGGGGCACUAUUUGAUACUCAAUUAACCAAUUGAGCUGACAUCAUUGCAGUGUGGAAGGAGGAGGGAAGGAAUACGAGGAAACAGUGUUUAAGAGCCAGGGAGCUUUGGCAGCAAAUCAACUAAAAACGAAGAUACCAAAAAAAACAAAACAAAAAACAGCCCUUUGGAUAAUGUGUGAUUAAAAAACGCCAGAGGGGAAGAUCACAACUAGGACCCGACAACAUAAUCAACCAGGGACAUGGGAUUUGUGAUUUCGUUUCAAUUGGGAGGGCUCAAGAGCAACGCCGCCACUUCAUUACUUCAGCAAGAGAAGAGCCCGGUUCCUUUUGUGCCUCAAAAGGGCUUUUCUUUUCUCCCUUUGUGUUCCUUCUGGCUGCUUCGGGAGUCCGCUGUGGAAAAGGACAGUUGAAUGCAGCCUCCGACGUGCACAAAAGAAUGGGUUUCCAUUCAAGGUGGCCAUUGGUGGGACCUGCACCAACGGCAUUGUGCCUGUGUGUGUUCAGCAUGCUGCUGUGCCUGCCGUCUCCUGCGUCAUGCACAACCUGCCCCCAGAAAUGCCGUUGCGAAGACCAGCAGUUCUACUGCGACACCCAAGGACUGGAGGCGCCCCCGGACGGCGUUGACAGGGGGGCCCUGGGGUUAUCGCUCCGCCACAACAGCAUCGCUGAACUGAGCCCGGACCAGUUCUAUGGCUUCUCCCAGCUCACCUGGCUCCACUUGGACCACAACCAGAUCACCACGGUGCAGGAGGACGCAUUCCAGGGGCUCUACAAACUCAAAGACCUCAACCUGAGCUCCAACCGGAUCACAACUCUGCCAAACACAACCUUCAUCCACCUCAUCAACCUACAGAUCUUAGAUCUGUCCUUCAACCUGAUGACUGCGCUGGAGCCUGAGCUGUUCCAUGGCCUCCGCAAGCUGCAGAUCCUCCACCUGCGCUCCAACUCGCUGCGCACCACCCCCGUCCGGGCCUUCUGGGACUGCCGCAGCCUCGAGUACCUGGGUCUGUCCAACAACCGGCUGCGAAGCCUGGCCCGGAACGGCUUCGCUGGCCUCAUUAAACUCAGAGAACUCCACUUGGAACACAACCAGCUGACUAAGAUCAAUCUGGCUCAUUUCCCCCGUCUGGUGGCUCUGCAGUUCCUUUAUCUGCAGUGGAACAAGAUCUCCAACCUGACCUGCAACAUGGAGUGGACCUGGACCACGCUGGAGAAGAUGGACCUCACAGGGAACGAGAUCCGGGUGCUGACCCCGGACGUGUUCGAGACGCUGCCCAAUCUGAAGAUCCUCCUAUUGGAUAACAACAAGCUAGGCAGCCUGGACCCUCUGGUCUUGGAUAUGUGGCGGUCUCUAGGUACCGUGGGGCUGUCCAGCAACCUUUGGGAAUGUACCAAAGGGAUCUGCUCGCUGGCCACUUGGCUUAGCACCUUCAAGGGGAGGUGGGAACACUCUAUCCUGUGUCACACCCCCGAGUACGCCCAGGGCGAGGAGAUACUGGAUGCCGUUUAUGGAUUCCAACUUUGCCCAAAUUUUACGGCGCCGCCACCGGUCGUCUUGACCACAAACACAUUGUCGAUGGCCACGGACACGGCGACAGGCACAACUGUGGAGGUCACCAGCUCGCUGUUUGGAAUAAUGCAGCAGACACCAACGCAGGACUUCUAUGUGGAUUUUGGGCGCUUUACGACCAUAAUGACAACGACCACCACGCCGCGCACCGCCCUGGCAACCGCCUUGGCAACCUCCGCCACGACAGUGGAGGGCGGAGAGCUGGGAGUCACGGAGGACUUCUCGGAGACUGACAACACGGUCCUAACCCAGAGGGUGAUCAUUGGAACUAUGGUCCUUCUGUUUACAUUCUUCCUCAUCAUUUUCGUUGUGUUCAUCUCGCGGAAGUGCUGCCCUCCUACCAUGCGCAGGAUACGCCAGUGCUCGGCCAUGCAGAACCGCCGCCAGAUGAGGACCCAGCAGCGGCAGCAAAUGGCGGACCUGGCCACGCAGGUACCCUAUAACGAGUACGAGCCCAGCCACGAGGAGGGAGCGCUGGUUAUCAUCAACGGCUACGGGCAGUGCAAGUGUCAACAGCUGCCUUACAAAGAGUGUGAAGUAUAAACUAUGUAUUCCUCCUGCAGCAGCAUAUGGGCUGUUUACCAUUCUAAAUACAGGGUUUAAUUUUUUUUGCCUCUUUCUCUCCCCCCCCCCCCCCCCCAGUUUACAAAAAAAAAUAAAAAGCAUAAUUUCUACUCGCUAGCUUUGAGAAAUCAAUGAGAUUAGUGUAUUGAGUGGGAGAGUUGAUGGCUGGUGGAAAUGAACAGUGACGAGACUGAUGAGGACGUAGUAGAUAUAGUCACCAUUUAUUUUUAUAUGAAUGUUCAUAUCAAGCUGUGGGCAAUCAGUCUUAAAAAAAAAAGAAAACUGUAGUGAUUUAUCACCACAUUGUUAUUUCACUUUCUGCAGCAAGGAGAAGGUUUUAUUUUUUUGCCAAAACAUCUGUAGACUGAUCCUCUUACUGAGAGACGGCACAGAUACAAAAUAGGUGGUGGUCUAUAUCAUGAUAUCAUUAUCAAGACAGAUACAAAUUGGUGGGCUAUAUCACGAUAUCAUUAUCAAGACACAGAUACAAAUAGACAGAGGUCUAUAUCAUGAUAUCAUUAUCAAGACACAGAUACAAAUAGAUGGUCUAUAUCAUGAUAUCAUUAUCAAGACAGAUACAAAUAGGUGGGCUAUAUCAUGAUAUCAUUAUCAAGACACAGAUACAAAUAGAUGGUCUAUAUCAUGAUAUCAUUAUCAAGACACAGAUACAAAUAGAUGGUGGUCUAUAUCAUGAUAUCAUUAUCAAGACAGAUACAAAUAGACGGUCUAUAUCAUGAUAUCAUUAUCAAGACACAGAUACAAAUAGAUGGUCUAUAUCAUGAUAUCAUUAUCAAGACACAGAUACAAAUAGAUGGUGGUCUAUAUCAUGAUAUCAUUAUCAAGACAGAUACAAAUAGACGGUCUAUAUCAUGAUAUCAUUAUCAAGACACAGAUACAAAUAGAUGGUCUAUAUCAUGAUAUCAUUAUCAAGACACAGAUACAAAUAGAUGUUGGUCUAUAUCAUGAUAUCAUUAUCAAGACACAGAUACAAAUAGAUGGUGGUCUAUAUCAUGAUAUCAUUAUCAAGACACAGAUACAAAUAGAUGUUGGUCUAUAUCAUGAUAUCAUUAUCAAGACACAGAUACAAAUAGAUGGUGGUCUAUAUCAUGAUAUCAUUAUCAAGACACAGAUACAAAUAGAUGGUCUAUAUCAUGAUAUCAUUAUCAAGACACAGAUACAAAUAGGUGGUGGUCUAUAUCAUGAUAUCAUUAUCAAGGGGAAUCUGUGGCGGAAAGGACCGUGGAUUAUAAUGACAGGUUUUAAAGAUGCACGGUAGCCACAGUAUGUUACUAUCACAAUGACGUGUUGGUACAGAAGUGAUUCAAAUGGGGUUUUGGUUAUUCAAUUAAAAAAUUUUUUUUUUUUUUUCCACAUUUGUUACGUUUUUUUUUUUGUUGUAAAUUACUAUGAAUAUUGAAUAAAUGUUUUAUUUAUGUCACAAUCUGAAUUAAAUCUCCAACAGAAAAUCUAAUCUGAUAAACAUUACUUGGCUUAUAUUUAUAUUUCAAAAAUGUGCAUUUCCUCUCUGUGUCUCUGUCUGUGUGUCUCUCUGUCUGUGUGUCUCUCUGUCUGUGUGUCUCUCUGUCU